GUCGGGGCGACUGCGCACGCGCGGCUGGUUAGAGACGAUUUGUGAAAUGAGUGACUUGGAAGAUGAUGAGACCCCCCAGCUUUCUGCCCAGACCUUAGCAGCUCUCCAGGAGUUUUAUGCUGAACAAAAGCAACGCACCGACCUGGGUGGGGAUGAUAAAUACAACAUCGGAGUAAUAGAAGAGAACUGGCAAUUGAGCCAGUUUUGGUAUAGUCAGGAAACUGCUUUGCGCCUUGCACAGGAAGCCAUUGCUGCUGCUGGAGAAGGUGGCAGAAUAGCAUGUGUGAGUGCCCCCAGCGUGUACCAGAAACUCAGAGAGCUGCACAGAGAAGACUUUUCAAUAUACAUCUUCGAAUAUGACAAAAGAUUUGCCAUGUAUGGAGAGGAAUUUAUCUUCUAUGAUUACAAUAAUCCAUUGGAUUUACCUAAAAAAAUUGCUGCACAUAGUUUUGACAUCGUAAUAGCGGAUCCUCCCUAUCUUUCUGAGGAAUGUCUCAGAAAAACGUCAGAAACCAUCAAGUACCUGACUCGGGGCAAGAUUCUGCUGUGCACUGGUGCCAUCAUGGAAGAACUGGCGGCAGAACUCCUUGGGGUGAAGAUGUGCAAGUUUAUCCCAAAACAUACCCGAAACUUGGCAAACGCGUUUUGCUGUUACGUGAAUUAUGAAUCUGGGCUAGACUGUGGGCUCUAAAUACAGACAGUAACAUAACGCAGUAAAGGACCCCUGGCACAUUUCUCCUCUGUUCUUAUUUUCUUAGUACACUGAAAAGUUACAACCUCCUCCCCUCCCCACCAAACAGGAGCUGUCCCUGGCCUAAGUUUCAAAAUAAGGACACAACCUCUCAUUAUUGUUUCCUUAAGGAGGGCGUCCCUAGAGCUUCUGCCAACCUGAAUCCAUGGAAUUAGAGUUGGAAGAAAUCUUAGAACCUGCCUAAUCCACUCUCCUCAUUUAACGUAUGUAAAAACAGAAGAGCAAACAGCUUAGUGGCUUGCCCAAGGCCUCCUGAAUUAGACAGGACCUUGGCGUCUGCCUCAGGCCAUAGGUUCCCUGAACAUGGGCCCCUUCUGCCUGCCUGGCGCAGUCUGGUAGCAUCCGAGGGCUCUCGAGGCCGCACCCCCGUCCUGCUCCAGCCCGGCGAGGAGACGCGGCUUGCCUCCAUGAGAGGAGCUGGUGUCUGAGUGCCUCUGGCAUUCUCCUCCUCUCCCUAGUUCUGGGAGGGCUGAGGGUGACGGGAGGGGAACCCAGGUCCCUGUUCCAAAUUGCCUGAGCAGAUGACAGUGCCCUCGGUAAACCGCAGCCUAGAGCCAAAGUGGAGUCUCUGUUCGAAGCACGUUCGUCACACACCCACAGCCCGGAGGGCUGCAGCGGCCAGAAGGAUGAGCUGUUGAUCCACGCAGCUGGGAUGGACCUCAAGGAAUCGAACUCAGUGAAGAGAAUCCCCAAAGAUCACACACCGGAUGUUUCCAGUUAUGACGUUCUCUGAGGAGAACAGGUGAACCGCAUGCGAUCGAAGCUCCCUGUGAGGGAGGAGUGAGGACAGGGUUGACGCCGCCUCAGGCCCUGACGUACCGUUCCGGAGCCUU